AUGACGACCUCCGUUUCAUCGACUGUGGCCAGUGACACAACCAUUGCAUUAGACGGCAAUUCAACGUAUGACGGCAAUACUACCGUCACAGCAUUGCAGUUAUCAUGUAUAAUUGGCAGAGACACUCAGUUCAUCAUUGGCAUCUCCAUCACAUCACUCGGCAUCAUCGGUAACAUAGCUUUUAUGUUUGUGGUCGGAAGAAUCCAGUCUAUGAGAACAAUGACCAAUUCGUAUCUGGUGAACCUUGCGCUCGCCGACUUACUUCACUCGGUGGUUCAUUCUCUAAUAUGGAACUGUAUCUUCUUCGGUGGAGAUGUAUGCUUUCUUCACGAAUGGCAAAUGUAUUGUGGGGUGAUGUUUCCAUCGCGUGUCAGUCAGUACGUGUCCAUGUUCACCGUGACUAUUCUCAGUAUUGAACGUUAUUUGGCGCUCUGUAAACCUAUAAUAUACAGGGGAGGCUACAUACACAAACGAUCGUUCGUUGCCACAGUCAUCGCGCUCACCUGGAUAGCGUCUAUCAUGAUAUCUACUGAAGGACUAGUUGAUUGUCUGAAUUCCAAGACUAGAUCCAUUGCAGGUAGAUUCAUCUAUUUGUUGACAGUAUUCAUACUCUUAAUCGUAGUGGUCAUUUUCUACCUGCUGAUUAUCAUCAGAGUAAGGCGGUCAAGGAAUUCUGUCAAAAAGAACGAGUUUCAGAUAAUUCGCGUGUGUUUCGCAGCUGCAAUUGUGUACUUUGUUUGCACCAUGCCGGCCGUUCUGCAGGCAUUCAUCCUUUUGCUACAAGACCUCAACUCGUUCACGCUGUCAGACGACCUCAUUAUGUGUCUUACGAACGCUAGCACUUUUCUGCUGGAAAUAAAUUCCUCGGCCAAUCCAGUUGUUUACAAUGCUUUAAGUUCAUUAUACCGAAAGGCGUUCAUGGACGCGUUUAAUUGUAGAAAUCAAAAAUGCUGCCCCGGGUCCUCGCAUUACGGGAGAAAUUCACCAACCAAUACCGAGAUGACCAGUUAUAACCAAAUCAAGACCAACAAGAACAACUGA